CCUUAUCAUUGUGAUAUCUGUGUUAAAUCAUUCUCUCAAAGCACUAACUUGACUGACCACAUACGUACACAUACUGGUGAGAAACCUUAUCAUUGUGAUAUCUGUGUUAAAUCAUUCUCUCAAAGCACUAACUUGACUGACCACUUACGUACACAUACUGGUGAGAAACCUUAUCAUUGUGAUAUCUGUGGUAAAUCAUUCUCUCAAAGCACUAACUUGACUGAUCACAUACGUACACAUACUGGUGAGAAACCUUAUCAUUGUGAUAUCUGUGUUAAAUCAUUCUCUCAAAGCACUAACUUGACUGAUCACAUACGUACACAUACUGGUGAGAAACCUUAUCAUUGUGAUAUCUGUGUUAAAUCAUUCUCUCAAAGCACUAACUUGACUGAUCACAUACGUACACAUACUGGUGAGAAACCUUAUCAUUGUGAUAUCUGUGUUAAAUCAUUCUCUCAAAGCACUAACUUGACUGAUCACAUACGUACACAUACUGGUGAGAAACCUUAUCAUUGUGAUAUCUGUGUUAAAUCAUUCUCUCAAAGCACUAACUUGACUGAUCACAUACGUACACAUACUGGUGAGAAACCUUAUCAUUGUGAUAUCUGUGGUAAAUCAUUCUCUCAAAGCACUAACUUGACUGAUCACAUACGUACACAUACUGGUGAGAAACCUUAUCAUUGUGAUAUCUGUGGUAAAUCAUUCUCUCAAAGCACUAACUUGACUGAUCACAUACGUACACAUACUGGUGAGAAACCUUAUCAUUGUGAUAUCUGUGUUAAAUCAUUCUCUCAAAGCACUAACUUGACUGAUCACAUACGUACACAUACUGGUGAGAAACCUUAUCAUUGUGAUAUCUGUGGUAAAUCAUUCUCUCAAAGCACUAACUUGACUGAUCACAUACGUACACAUACUGGUGAGAAACCUUAUCAUUGUGAUAUCUGUGUUAAAUCAUUCUCUCAAAGCACUAACUUGACUGAUCACAUACGUACACAUACUGGUGAGAAACCUUAUCAUUGUGAUAUCUGUGUUAAAUCAUUCUCUCAAAGCACUAACUUGACUGAUCACAUACGU